AUGGAACUGCAGCCAACUAUAGAUGUUCGGGAGCAUACGACUUGCGCAUACUGGACAGUGCUCCAACUGGUGUCAAACAUGAAGGAACUAUGUGUGAUACUUGUCGACAGCAACCCAUAUUUGGUUGACUGGCAAUGGGAAGACCAGGAUGGUGGUAAUGGUAGGCGAGGGAAAGUUAAUGAGGUACAAGACUGGUCAGCAGCGAGCCCUCGGUCUGCUGCAUAUGUUGUGUGGGACAAUGGUGCCAAGAAUCUCUACAGAGUCGGAUUUGAGGGCAUGGCAGAUUUAAAGGUUGUGAAUGAUGUCAAAGGCCAAAAUGUAUAUAAGGAACAUUUACCACUUUUAGGAGAACUGGGUCCAGGUCGCACUGGGCCUCAUGGUUUACAAGUUGGUGAUCAGGUGAAUGUAGAUCUUGAUCUGGAAAUAGUUCAGUCACUGCAACAUGGUCACGGUGGUUGGACAGACGGCAUGUUCGAAUGUCUCGGCACUACAGGAACUGUGGUCGGAAUAGAUGAGGACCACGACAUCGUCGUCACAUACCCCAGUGGAAAUAGAUGGACGUUCAAUCCCGCUGUACUGACUAAGACACUUGGCAAAAUAGGUCGCGUUCAACAAAUAUACCAUGACAACGACCUCAAGGUGGAGGUGUGCAAUACAUCGUGGACGUACAACCCUAACGCCGUCACUAAAGUCGCGUCCUCCGACGGGAGCAUCCCUGGCAACUCAUCAGGGGAACGUCUGUCAGCACUGUUGAAGAAGUUGUUUGAAUCCCACGUGACAGGCGAUGCUAACGAGGAGCUAGUGAAGGCGGCCGCUAAUGGCGACGCGACGCGCUGUGCUGAGAUACUCGGACGCACUGAUGCCGCGCAUGUUGACGUUAACGGCUUCUACGGGGGACAUACUGCUUUACAGGCGGCAGCGCAAAAUGGUCACGUAGAAGUGAUCCGGGCGCUGGUAGAAGCUGGGGCAGAUGUAGACGCAGAGGAUCGCGACGGAGACCGCGCCGCUCACCACGCGGCCUUCGGGGACGAGCCUGCCGCACUGCGAGCGCUGGCCGUGGCCUCCGCCGACCUCAACGCCCGCAACCGCCGCCGCCAGACGCCACUACAUAUCGCUGUCAAUAAAGGCCACCUUGGCGUCGAUUCAGAAGGCGACACUCCCUUACACGAUGUCAUUUCGAAGAAACGUGACGACAUGUUGACUUUAUUGUUGGAGCAUGGAGCUGACAUGACUCUUACGAACAACAAUGGUUUCAACGCUCUGCACCAUGCAGCUCUGCGAGGCAAUCCAAGGUAA